CCCCGCACAGCUCUUCCUCAGCUGCGAGCGGCGGCCGUGCCAUGCCGGCGUCGCCAUGGCCGACCCCUCGCUCGGUGCGGCAAGCGUCCCAGCUCCACGCCAUGCUCACCACAUCCGGCAGGAUCGUCCACCCGACCUCCGCCGGGCACCUCCUCAACUCCCUCACCAACUGCCUCUCGGCCCCGCGCCACCUCCGCUACGCGCUCAGCCUGUUCGACACAUUGCCGCAGGACUCCACGUUCCUCUUCGACACCGCCCUGCGCGCCUGCCUCCGCGCGUCCGCCGGCGCGGACCAUCCGGUCCUCCUCUUCCGCCGCAUGCGCCGCGGGGGCGUCCGCGCGGACGCCUUCACGUUCCACUUCCUCUUCAGGUGCUGCGCCCUCCCCCGCGGUCGCGCUGUGCUCUGCCGGAUGCUGCACGCCGCGUGCCUCCGGACCAUGCUCCCCUCUGCCGCGCCGCUCGUAGCCAACCCCCUCAUCCACAUGUACGCCGCGCUCGGGCUCACGGACAGCGCGCGCCGGGUGUUCGACGAGAUACCUGUCAAGGACCCGGUUGUGUGGACAACGGUGAUCGGUGGGCUGGCCAAGAUGGGGAUGCUCGAUGAAGCGCGGAGGCUCCUUGUGCAGGCACCGGAGAGGAACGUGAUCUCAUGGACUAGCUUGAUUGCCGGCUACUCUCGUGCAGGUCGGGCUGCUGAGGCUGUGGAUUGCUUCAACAGCAUGCUUUCAGAUGGUGUCGCGCCGGAUGAGGUUACGGUGAUUUGUGUGCUCUCAGCUUGUUCGCAGCUAAAGGAUUUGGACAUUGGACGCUCACUGCACUUUCUGGUUGGGGAGAAGAAGAUCCGGAUGAGCGACAAUCUUGUUGUUGCGCUCAUCGACAUGUAUGCCAAGUGUGGUGACAUUGCCUGUGCACAGGGGAUCUUUGACGCUGUGGGAAGAGGCCAAAAGCCUGAGCCAUGGAAUGCUAUCAUUGACGGGUACUGCAAGCUUGGCCAUGUUGAUGUUGCUAGGUCUCUGUUUGAUCAAAUGGACGCCCCUGAUGUCAUCACAUUCAACUCGAUGAUCACUGGAUACAUCCACAGUGGCCGGCUUAGAGACGCAUUAGUGUUGUUCAUUCAGAUGAGGAGACACGACCUGCGCGCUGAUAAUUUUACAGUGGUGAGCCUUCUCACUGCUUGUGCAAGCUUAGGUGCACUGCCUCAGGGCAGGGCUUUGCAUGCUUCAAUUGAGCAGAGGCUGGUGGAAGAAGAUGUUUACCUUGGAACCGCACUUGUGGAUAUGUACAUGAAAUGUGGGAGGGUGGAUGAGGCAACCAUUGUGUUCCAGCGGAUGGGUGAAAGAGAUGUUCGCACUUGGAGUGCCAUGAUUGCAGGUCUUGCUUUCCAUGGGAUGGGUAAGGUUGCUCUGGAGUAUUUCUGCCAGAUGAAACACGAUGGUUUUCAGCCCAACUCAGUUACCUACAUUGCUGUUCUUACUGCAUGCAGCCACUCAUGCCUGCUUAAUGAAGGUCGAAUGCAUUUCAAUGAGAUGAGAUCGUUGCACAGGAUACAGCCUCAGAUUGAGCACUAUGGCUGCAUGAUAGAUUUGCUUGCUCGAAGUGGGCUCUUGGAUGAAGCUAUGAAUCUUGUUCAGACGAUGCCAAUGCAACCAAAUGCUGUCAUAUGGGGCUCCAUCUUGAGUGCUUGCAGAGUUCACAAAAAAAUUGACCUAGCUCGACAUGCUGCAGAGAAUCUUCUGAAGUUAGAGCCUGACGAGGAUGCUGUCUAUGUUCAGUUGUAUAACAUAUACAUAGACUCUAGACAAUGGGUAGAUGCAAAAAGGAUAAGGAUGUUGAUGGAGGAACGGGGAGUUAAGAAGACGGCAGGUUACAGUUCGAUUACUGUGGCUGGGCAGGUGCACAAGUUUGUUGUUAAUGACCAAUCACACCCUUGGAAGUUUGAGAUCAUUGCAAUGAUGGAGGAAAUUGCACACAGGCUAAAGUCUGUAGGUUAUUCACCGAUCACAUCAAAGAUAACAGUGGAUGUUGAUGAGGAAGAGAAAGAGCAAGCACUUUUAGCCCACAGUGAGAAGAUGGCAAUUGCUUUUGGUCUCAUUAGCCUUGCACCCAACUUACCGAUUCAUAUCAUGAAGAACCUGAGGGUCUGUGAGGACUGCCACUCGGCAAUCAAGUUAAUCUCCAAGCUUUGGAACCGGGAAAUCAUUGUUAGAGACCGGAGUAGGUUCCACCAUUUCCGAGACGGAACAUGUUCUUGCAAUGAUUUUUGGUGAUUUCUGUUCUGCAAGAUGUUGUUCUUGUUCCAGAGCUCAGAAGGCAAGAAGCUAAGAAUACACUAAAAGCGCAAGUGCUUCAUGUCACAAUUUGGCGUUCAGUUUCGAAUUUAUAAAUGCCUAAGGGAUAGGAACUCAGUCGUGUAUCUGCUGAAUGCUGGUUGCCGCAUUGGAACUGUACCUCUCUUCACACGGGAACAGUUGGAGCGGAUUUAUGAGGUAUUUUUGUGGAGAAAAGAGGAAAAGGAAGGUAGAGGAAGAAGAAUGAGCCCCCCUAGUUUCUAGGGCUGGCGGCUUGGCUCUGUCCCGAACACACUCCAUUUGCGCCUGGUUCCGGUGGAUUUCAAAGUGAUGAAACUGAAUGUCUCUCUAUGUGAUUCUUCAGUGUGACGCUGAUAUUAUUUCCAGCACAGCAGUUCUGCAACUUGUGUGACUUGCCCAGUACAGAAAGAGUAAAAAGGACACAACGAAAGAUAAUGGGCUGGGUGGGCCGUCUAAACUGCUCAACUAGCCAGCCCAGUCAAUCUGCACAGCUGGUGCUUCUUCCUUUGUUGGGCAGUUCAGGGGCAAAGCAGCCAAAUCAUAGCCGCCCGCCCGCCCCACUGCCGCCUGCUCGCCCGCUCCGGCGACCGCCCUCCUCCGCCCAGACCUCCCCUGCGACCUGCCGCUUGCUGGCGUCGCGCUCCGGCCUGCGCGCGCGCGUGCGGUUUGCAGCCGUUCGCCCCACGCCGGACAGCCGUUGCCUGCCAAGCACGGAGACGAAGUCCCCGCGCCCCUGCCUGGUUGCCUUGUUGCCUACCGAGAUCUUCAGUAGAGGAUGUGAGCUGUACCAACGUCUACUCGUUACCAGGUUACAUGACAGUAACAGUCAUCCAAUCGGUAUGUGAUAUUGGUGAGGAGCGCCAAAGUGAUGGGCCAAGUUAAGAUGACACUCUGCUUGACAAGAACAGUCUCCACUGUUUUUCUUCUCUGGAGGGCUUGCUGCAGACUAAUGGAAAUCGGAGAGAUGCUUGCUGCUUAGACACGUCCCCCACCAACCUGGCAAUCCUGCAAAGCUGCAUGCUGACCUCACUCCUGCAAGUUGCAGAUACCAGCAAGGAAGAGCAGAGUCCCAAGCAUCGGUGGAUCCAUCACAGUGUGCAGUUAGGCUAUUUGUGGUGAUGGCAGUGCGGGAUGUCAUUUCUUUGAACCGUAUGAUCACUGGUUUCAUUCGCAGUGGCUUUGGCGAUCGAGCUCUUGCAGUCUACAGGUGGAUGGUUGGUUCAGGCGUCAGAGAGACCCCUCAUACCUUCUCUGCAAUCCUCAGUGCGUGCAACAGCUGUGAGGGACUACAACUGCAUGGCCGGGUGCUGGCGUUGGGCCUGUGCUCCAACCCAUUUAUCGGGUCUGCGUUGGUCAAUCUCUAUAUGCGUGUUGAAAUGCCUUGUGCUGCCCUAUUGCUGUGCAAUGAGAUGACGUUGCGAAGCACAGUCAUGUCCAAUGUGGUUCUGGGUGGCUUGUGCAACCUUAAGCUGACUGAGGACCUCCUUUGUUCCCUACUUGACAUGAGACGACAUGGUUUGGAGUUGAAUGGUCUUUCCUACUGUUACGCGAUGAGAGGAUGCUAUCAAGAUGAAGAAUGGCUGGAACAAGGCAGGCAGCUUCAUGGAGUAGUUCUUAAGGCAGGGUGGGUUCCUUCAAACAUUUUCCUGUCAAACUUGCUUGUGGAUCUUUACUCAGCGACUGGAGAUUUGGUGGAUGCUAAGAAUUCACUUGAUGAUAUCCCUUCCGAGGAUGUAAUCUCAUGGAACUCCAUUGUUUCUGUUUAUGCAAGCAGAGGAUGUAAGAAGGAAGCAACUGAUUACUUGAGACAGAUGGUUUGGCACGGCAAGCUGCCCUCAGUUCGCUCCUUUGUCAGGCUCUUUGCUUUGUCUGGUCAGACUGGAGAUCUUCAAUUUGGGGUUCAGAUGCAUGGCGUUGCUCUUAAACUUGGAUUCAGUUGGAGUAGUGCGCAUGUGCAAACUUCUCUCAUUGACAUGUAUGGAAAGUGUUGCUCUUUUGAUUCUUCCUUGGCAAUCUUUAAUGAAAUCCCAAGCCUUGCACUGGAGUGCUGUAAUUCAACCAUCACAUCAUCAAUUCGCUGCAAGGUUUUUGACUCCGCAUUGGAGGUAUUGUACUGUAUGAUUGUAGAGGGAGUUGUGCCUGAUAAUGUGACUCUAUCUGCAACCAUCAAGGCCACAUCUUUGUCAGCUUCUUCAAGUUUAAUCAGUUGCGAAAUGCUGCAUUCUUGGGUCUUCAAACUGGGCUUUGAAACAGACAUGGCUGUGUGCUCCUCUUUGAUCAGCGCAUAUGCUCGAGCCGGUCAAAUGAACAGCUCCCACUUGAUAUUUGAAAGCUUGCAGGAUCCGAGUGUCAUUUGCUUCACUUCAGUAAUAUCUGCUUGCGCUCGAUAUGGAGAUGGCGCACAAGGAGUGGAGCUGUUAAAUAAGAUGGUUUCUAGGGGCCUCAAGCCCGAUGAUGUUACCUUCCUGUGCGCAAUUGCUGGAUGCGAUCAGGCAAGGCUGUUUGAAGAAGGGAGGCUGGUGAUUGAACUCAUGAGAGCAAGCCGUGAGCUGGAUCCUGAUGAAAGGCACUUUGCCUGCAUGGUUAACCUUCUCAGUCGAGAUGGUUUUGUGGAGGAGGCAAUAAAAAUGAUGGAGCACUCUCCACUACGACACUACACCAAGGCAUGGAGCUCGCUCCUACAGAGUUGCAUGGCACAUGGUGAAAAUGUGAUGGGAAAGAGAGCCGCAAAUAUGCUGAUAGAUGUGGGCCAAAAGGAUCCAGCCACCAACUUGCAGGUAUCAAAAUACUUUCACGAGAUUGGGGACACCGAAAAUGCUUCAAGGGUUAAAGCGAUGGCUAGUGGGAAAGAAGUGAAGGAGAGUGGUCACAGCUUGGUUGAGAUCAGUAACGGAAUCUAAGCAUCUGAGGUCACAAAACGUUAUGGCCUGGUUAGUUGUUUCGCUUGUUUGAACAUCACAAGAAGGUCCUAUUACCAACCUACAAGUCAUCCUUCCUUACAUACCGCGUUGGUGUUGCGGUGCUCUCUGUGUUGCCACAAGGUGCCUUUGGAUGUUGUUGCAUACCUCAAUCCAGUGGCUACAUCACAUAUCUGCUUGCUGCCUGGCAAUUGAAGCUCUGUUUGUUCUUUCAGAUCUGAAUCUUGAGGGAUGCUUCUUACAG